AGCGCUCGUUUUCUGCCAGAAAAGCGUCAGAACACCCGGAGUGAAGACGUCCGAUGACACAGACCCUACAGCUUCCCGCGCCGAGGCGCGUCCGUGCGUUACCGGAUGUCGGUAAAGAUUCUCUACGCUCGCGGCUGGCUUUAAAUGCUCGGACAGCCUGUGGAUGUGUCCGAUAAUCGAUGUUUGCAGUUUGAUGUGCGACAAGCGCGCGGAGACGUCUCAGCGCAGACGGGACUGAUGAGAGAGCGUGCGGUGUGCGUGAGGAGUCUGCUCUAAUCAGCGGGGUGAUGCCCAUCUCCGUCUGGACUCUCCUCCGUGCACAUCCCUCCCAGCUCAGCCUCCCUCAAAGCAGCAGCAGCAGCCUGUCAGCGACGGACCAUCUGCUGGAGGAGCUGCACUUUUUACACCUUCGUCUAUCAUGAACACCGCUUUUGGCUGUAGGAGUAGAUACCGCCACGCCUCCUUUUGUUUAUUACUAAUAUCGCGUCAGAACACCGCAGAGAGCAUUUUUAUACUCGCUUUUCCUGAGAAGCGACGCUCCGCUCUCUGCCAAGCGUGCAGGUGUGAUGCGCGCUGGUUUGCUGAAAGUAACGCGAGGUUUGGCCACAAAAAGCGUGUGAGGCACGAGACCACACCAACGUUUGAUCCUGUACAGGAGCCAUGGAUGAUUCUGGGAUCAUACGAAGACGGAGGCUGCAGUUGCAGAGCCAAUAACAGGAAAAGCCUCAUCCUGACCAAUACGUCGCCUACCCUGCCAAGGCCGCAUUCCCCACUGCCUGGACACAUAGGAAGCAGUCCACUGGAUAGCCCACGCAACUUCUCACCAAGCGGACCUGCUCACUUCUCCUUUGCUUCUUCUCGAAGAGCUGAUGGUCGUAGGUGGUCUCUGGCCUCUCUGCCUUCCUCAGGAUAUGGGACCAACACACCCAGUUCAACGUCAUCCAGCUCGUCUCAGGAGCGACUUCACCAGCUGCCCUUUCAGCCAACCAUGGAUGAGCUGCAUUUCCUGUCCAAGCACUUCGGCAGCACAGAGAGCAUCACAGACGAUGAUGGAGGGCGACAUUCGCCGCAUGUCCGCCCUCGCUCACGAAGCCUCAGCCCAGGGCGCUCCCCAUCCUGCUAUGACAAUGAAAUCGUGAUGAUGAACCAUGUCUACAAGGAGCGCUUCCCCAAGGCCACGGCUCAGAUGGAAGAGCGGCUGGCUGAAUUCAUCCAGAACUACACUCCAGAGAACGUUCUGCCUCUGGCUGAUGGAGUCCUCAGCUUCAUCUACCACCAGGUAGCUGAGUUGUCCCGAGACUGCCUGACCAAAUCGCGAGAGGGCCUCAUAACCAGUGUCUACUUCCGGGAGCUGCAGGACAACCUGGAGAAAAUGCUGCAUGAUGCAUAUGAGCGCUCAGAGAGUACCGAGCUCACCUUUGUCAUGGAGCUCGUCAAAAAGCUCUUCAUCAUCAUUUCUCGUCCUGCCAGACUGCUCGAGUGUUUGGAGUUCAAUCCGGAAGAGUUUUACCAUCUACUGGAGGCUGCAGAGGACCAUGCCAAAGAGGGACAGCUGAUGAAAGCAGACAUCCCGAGAUACAUCAUCAGUCAGCUGGGUCUGACCAGAGACCCACUGGAGGAAAUCGUGAGCCUUGACAGCUAUGACAGCGAGGGUCCAAACACUCCAGAGACGGAUGACUCAGCAGAGGGAAAAGGUAGAUCCGUCAAACCGCCUAACGAAGAAGACUUCCAGACCAUCAAACUAAUCAGCAAUGGAGCUUAUGGUGCUGUCUAUCUGGUGCGCCACAGGGAGACGCGUCAGCGUUUCGCCAUGAAGAAGAUCAACAAGCAAAAUCUGAUACUGAGGAACCAGAUCCAGCAGGCGUUUGUGGAGAGGGACAUCCUCACCUUUGCAGAGAACCCCUUUGUUGUCUCUAUGUUCUGUUCCUUUGAAACGCGGCGGCAUCUCUGCAUGGUCAUGGAGUAUGUGGAAGGGGGUGAUUGUGCCACUUUGUUGAAGAACAUUGGGGCUCUGCCUGUGGAACUGGCGAGGAUGUAUUUUGCUGAAACUGUUUUGGCCUUAGAGUACCUGCACAACUAUGGUAUUGUUCACCGAGACCUCAAACCUGACAAUCUCCUGAUCACCUCCAUGGGACACAUCAAGCUGACAGACUUUGGUUUGUCAAAGAUGGGUCUGAUGAGCCUCACCACCAACCUGUAUGAAGGACACAUAGAGAAAGAUGCCAGAGAGUUCCUGGACAAGCAGGUUUGUGGGACUCCUGAGUACAUCGCUCCAGAGGUGAUCCUCCGUCAGGGCUACGGGAAACCCGUGGACUGGUGGGCGAUGGGCAUCAUCCUCUACGAGUUCCUGGUGGGCUGUGUGCCGUUCUUUGGUGACACUCCAGAGGAGCUGUUUGGACAGGUCAUCACAGAUGAUAUCGUUUGGCCGGACGGGGAUGAAGCUUUACCUGCAGACGCCCAGGCUCUCAUCUCCGCUCUGUUACAGACCAACCCUCUUGCCAGGCUGGGUACAGGCGGGGCGUUCGAAGUGAAGCAGCACCCGUUUUUCUCCGGGCUGGACUGGAACAGUCUGCUGAGACAGAAAGCAGAGUUUGUCCCUCACCUGGAGUCCGAGGAGGACACCAGCUACUUUGACACCCGCUCUGAUCGUUAUCAUCACAUCAACACAGAUAACGAGGAUGACACCAACGACGACGAGCCGGUGGAGAUCAGACAGUUCUCCUCUUGCUCUCCUCGCUUCAGUAAGGUUUACAGCAGCAUGGAGCAUCUGUCUCAGCUGGAACAGAAAACACCAACCUCUGUGUCCCAUCGGGAUCACAAGGGCCCACGGGAGGACAAGGUGACCAAGAGAGAGAGCCUGGGCAGCCUCAGCAUGAGAGACAAGAGCUGGAGGACGGGGUCUCCUGAGAUGAAGCGACUGUCGUGUUCAGAGUCUCUGCACUCAGAAGGAGACGCGAGCCCUCCUCUAGGGGCCAGGCGUCGCUUCUCAGCUUUGAUGGACACUCAUCGUUUUGCCUCGGCUCUUGAAGGGGAACCGGAUUUCCUCUCCCGUCACAACCACAUGAAGUUCCGAGGAACCUCCCUGGACGGGAGCUCCGCCCCCUCACCGAGCCUCCUGGAGCCGAGGAUCGGUCCGAAGGAGAUUAAGGGAGCAGACAAACCCUGCAGACCAGGAGAGACUCCAGGCAUCGCCACGUUAUCUCCAGGUCCUGCUGCAGCAGGUCAAGAUGUGAUCACUCCCCUUUAUGACCCUCUGGGACCCAGAGCCACCAGUGACCUGGUCCUCCGCAGGGCACGCCACCAUCCUUUAUCUGGUGAUGGAGAGAAACGAAACUCCAGACAAGGCAACAAGGUGAUAAAGUCAGCUUCUGCCACGGCUCUGUCUGUUAUCAUCCCAUCAGUGGAGCAACAUGGUGGCUUCUCUCCUCUGGCCAGCCCCAUGUCCCCUCGCUCCUUCUCCUCCAACCCUUCGUCACGCGACUCUUCACCCAGCAGAGACUUUUCCCCUGCUGUCAGUGUUCUGCGUUCACCGAUCACCAUCCAUCGAUCUGGAAAGAAGUAUGGCUUCACGCUGCGGGCCAUCAGGGUCUACAUCGGAGACAGCGACAUCUACAGCGUGCAUCACAUAGUUUGGCAUGUGGAGGACGGCGGCCCCGCCCAGGAAGCUGGUCUGUGUGCCGGUGACCUCAUCACUCAUGUGAACGGAGAGCCCGUCCACGGUUUGGUCCACACUGAAGUGGUUGAACUCAUCCUGAAGAGUGGCAACAAAGUGACGGUGACAACUACGCCUUUUGAGAACACCUCCAUUAAAGUGGGCCCGGCCCGGAAGGCCAGCUACAAGUGUAAGAUGGCCCGACGAAACAAGAGGACGGUGGGCAAGGAGGGACAGGAUGGUAAGAAGCGCAGCUCUCUGUUCCGUAAGAUCACGAAGCAGUCCAACUUCCUCCACACCAGCCGCAGCCUGUCCUCUUUGAACCGCUCUCUGUCCUCCAGCGAGAGCCUUCCAGGCUCCCCGACUCACAGUCUGUCCGCCCGCUCCCCGACUCAGGGCCACCGCUCCACCCCAGAGCCCUCCUAUCUGGGUGCUUCUCCCCAGAGCAGCUCUCCAGCCUCCAGCACUCCCAACUCCCCCUCUCCCUCCCAGCACAUGAGGCCCAGCUCGCUGCAUGGUCUCUCUCCAAAACUUCACCGCCAGUAUCGCUCUGCUCGCUGUAAGUCAGCCGGUAACAUCCCGCUGUCCCCGCUGGCCCACACACCCUCUCCCACACAGUCUUCUCCUCCACCCUUACCAGGCCACACCAUAGGCAGCUCCAACACCACCCAGUCCUUCCCUGUCAAGCUCCACUCCUCACCUCCUGUGGUCCGCCCCAGACCAAAGAGCGCAGAGCCGCCACGAUCACCUCUGUUAAAGCGGGUCCAGUCAGCAGAAAAGCUGGGCUCACCUCUGACCCAGUCCAAUUCUACAGGAGGGCUCGGGGGUCCGCUGAGGAAACACAGCCUGGAGGUGCAGCACUCGGACUACCGCAAGGAUGCCUUUCUGUGUGAGCUCGGCCUCCAGAGCCUGAUGGAGACCGAGGGAGAAAAUCUGCCUCCUAAUCCUCCUCCCGUGUCCCCCAUCAGCCUGGAAACAGGUGUGCUGAAGCCUGUGAGGCGACUUGGGAGGCAGGAGUCCCCACUUAGCAGAGAGACACUUCUGGCUGGAAGGGACAGGGAAGAGAGGGAGAGGGGACGGGAGAGGGAGAAGGAGAGGGACACCGGGCCGAGGACACCAACAGGAGUACAGUCGUGCUUAGCAAGAAAAUCGUAUGCAAGUGAUGUUCACUUAAACUCACACAGCUCCUCGCAGAGUGUAGAGACGACUAAAGCCAUGACCCCGAGCACCUUCGUCAGAAUCCCGGGUCCGGGUGGGCCGGAAGGGCCAGAGAUGGCCCAGAGAGGUCAGGAGAUACAUACACCAGAAGCCAAAAGUGUGUUAUCCAACAAAGAUCUCCAGGAAAAGUUAUGUGGAGGGAAAUCUGAAGCAAAGCAAAGUAUUUGUUUACCAGCUUCUGCCUUCAACAAGAGCUCGUCUGCGUCAGAAAAGCCUCCGGCAGCGGUGGGAGCUCCUCCCACGAUAAACAAGUCUUUUAAUAAAUCAUCAACUUUGGGAAAUAGUCUGAGAAAGACUGACAGCGGUGAGUCCAGGACUCCAGAACUCAGCUCCAAAAGCCCCAAGCUCCCAACUCGAGUCUUGGCUCCAGUGGUUCCUCCGCAUGGCCAGCUGCUGUCGCUGGGCAAAGUCAGGCAGGGGCUGGGACCUGUCAACUGCUACCGGGGAACCCUGGACUGGGAGGACAAAUGCCGUCUGGAGGUGGUAGAGGAGCACUCACCUUCCCCCUCCCCCUCCCCAACAGCAAUCGCUCCCUCCCUCUGCGGACCGUCUCUGUGUAAGUCACGGCCCGUUUCCCCCGGUGACAAGACGAGCUUUGUCAGCCAGCUGACCACGGUGGCCAAAAACGUCCUCGGACCAAUCAAGCUCAGCUCUCAGGAGGGGGCCAAGAGCAAAGAGCAGCUGAGUAAAGCAUCAGAGGAGAAGCUGGGAGGCGCCACAGGGAAGACUGACACUCCAUCUGGGGUGCGCGGCCCUCCGGGUUCUGGGGUGGUGACCCGAAGCUCGGCUGGUUCCCCGCAUGAGAAAACUGCAGCAAGUAGCAGCUUUCCAAAAAUGUGACCCCAUGGGUUCUUUUAAACUAACUCUGGUAAAAAAAAAAAGUUGUCUGGAAGAACAAUGAAACACAAGACAAGCACUUAAAACGAUGUACAUUCCAGUUUCAUAAUAAAUAAAUGUUAUUUAUUAAAAUAAACCAAUGACUUUAAACAAAUCUACGGUAAAGGUGCAUUAACUGUUGUUUUUUAAAUACUAAUGAUUUCAUGGAGUCUUAAUGAUGUGUUGUGAAACACUAUCAGGUGUGUGUGUGUGUGCACGCGUGCGUGUGUGUGCGUACGCAUGCAUAUGGGACGUUCUGUGUGUUCUUAGUGGCUACAGAAGUGUGAAAAAGUGCUUUUCUGAUCAAAACAUGUUUAAAACCAAAACCAAACCCUUUAUUUUUUGCAGCACCUGGUCCACUUCUCUAGAGGGGAACGUUAAAAACCACCACAUUAACAUUCAGCAACACAUAUUUACACCAUCCCUUCCACAGAGAUGAAGGCUGAUGGAGUCAGAACAAGCUAUUGGUGGCUUCAUGUGCAAACCCAAAUCUGUUACAUGUGCCGCAUCUUAGCAGUGAUUUAAGACUAGUUCAGGUUCUUUUUAUGCAAAAACACAUCGAUCAGACAGCAUGUGAACCAAACAGAAAGGCAGGAUUUCACACUGGAAAGGUUUUUAUUUAAUAUUUGUAACUUUAUGUGGAUGAGGUAUCACGGCUGUGUUGGCGUUUGGCUUGUGGGUCAUUUUAAACUCAGAUGUACUGAUUUAUCAGAGGAACUGGUCUGUGAGCGACUUUAUUUACGUGAGAAACCACAACCGUAAAGCUGAUGUAAACGAUGUAAACAGUCUCAGUUCAUGCACUACUUGUACUCUACUGCCCUCUACUGGCUCCCAGUUGAUUGUUUUAACUGGUUUACUGAAGAGUGGAUGUUAUUUGACUUCCCUAAAUAUGCAUUCAUAAAAAUGUUUUGCAGUAAAUAUCAAAACACACGACUGUUAUUUAUAUCUCUAGAAAUGCACCUAGUAUUUAUGGAAGCACUGUCCUGGUUCCUAACUCCUGAAGUGACAAUGGAGUUCCCAGAUCAUCUCUAACGACAAAACAAACUGUAAUCUUCUUCAUUUUGUUUCCACUUUCAGGCCUUUUCCAGUCAGUUGUGUCCAGCGUUAAACGUCUAAAAGUGUUUUGUUUUCAUCUCUGUGAGAGAAAAUAGUACAUGUGCACUUUAUUUGACAGAAAACUAAUCUGAACUUGAUACCACUGCUAAGUUACCGAGGACUAUCUGAUAUGGAUAAAACAAACGAACGCAAGUGUGAAAACAUUCCACUUCUCUGUUCACUCAGUGUUUUAGUUGUGCCACUGAAGUAUUUUUUAUUUGUGAUGGUUGUGACUCAAAUGCAAACACCUGAAGUGCAGUAAGUGGAAUAAACUUGUAUGAUUUGUUUGAAAGCA